GCGAAAGGCGGCGGGGCGCUUGGUGCAUGGUGCAUGCUAGGUACUCUUCGCUACCAUUACCGAGCGUUUGCAAUAAGCGAUGUGUUUCUCUUCAACUUCAACUUCAAGAUGCACACAACUGCUGAAAAAUGAACCCUACAGCUGAGUCCCACUAGCUGCUUCAAUCACUGUUUAUUGCAUCAGAUUAACCUCAGCACGAGCUCGCCAUGCACGCUUUCAUACUGGCUGGCUCUCAGCUGCUUCGUCAAGUGAGGACCCGUAAGCAUCUGUUGCUUCGGUUUUUCUCUUCGAAGAACGGCGGCGUCCUUUCGAACAGUAGCACUAUCCGUCGAGUCUGCGUACCUCCGGUGAAACCACUUGCGUCUGUCGUACUCUGCCGAACCUGCUCAAGUGCUCGGCGUGUAGACAGCGGUGAGCUUAGGAGACUGCUGCGGCAAGCAAGACCCGAACGAUUUCGCCUCGGUGCUGCAGUUUUGUUGCUUUUUGUGUCUAGCUCCGUUAUGAUUGCUUUCCCAUUUUGCAUCGGCAAAGUGAUCGACGUGAUCUACACUUCAUCUGACAACGAAGAACUUCGCGCCAACCUCAACUGGAUUUGCAAGGUCCUGACUGGUGUUGUUGUGGUCGGUGGUCUUGCAAAUUUUGGCCGAGUAUACCUCAUGAACACUUCAGCCCAACGAAUAAUCAACUCUCUCCGCAAGCAAGCUCACGCCUCGCUGAUGCAGCAGGAAGUAGCCUUUUUUGAUCGAAACCGAACAGGCGAUCUCAUCACUAGACUUUCAAGCGACACUGCACUGGUUGGGAUGUCCCUAACACAAAACAUAUCCGAUGGUCUGCGCUCUGCUGUUGCAGUGUUUGGUGGUGUGGGUAUGAUGCUGUAUACCUCGCCACAGUUGUCACUGGUUGGUUUGAGUGUUGUGCCGCCGGUUGCCGUCAUUUCAUUCGCGUUUGCUCGUAGACUGAGGCAAGUGGCAGCAGACGUGCAGACGCGGCUCGCCGAGUCUAGUGCCAUUGCCGAGGAACAGCUGUCACACAUCAGAACUGUGCGCGCUUUCACCAAAGAACGUUUUGAGAUGAAUAGAUACGCUGCAGGGCUUUCUAGCUUGUUGGACAAGGUUAAUACUGAAACAAGGUUGCGGGCAGUCUUUUUUGGCUGCACUGGGGCCACGGGAAACAUGAUUGUAUUGGCUGUCCUCUAUUACGGGGGCAUUCUCAUGUCUGAUGGCAGACUCACUGUAGGAAACCUAUCUUCGUUUUUGCUGUAUGCAGCUUAUGUCGGUGUUUCCAUUGGUGGCCUUGGAGGCUUCUUCACUGAAGCAACCAAAGCAUUGGGUGCUUCAAAAAAGGUAUGGGAAAUUGCUGAUCGUGUUCCAACCCUACCAAAUUGUGGUGGACUAGCUCUGUCCAACCUCCAAGGGCAGGUAGAGUUUCACAAUGUCACAUUUGCCUACCCCUCCAGACCAGAGGUUGAAGUUCUGAAAAAGCUCAACCUUUCUGUGCCUGCAGGAUCUGUUUUGGCCAUUGUAGGCCCUAGUGGGCAGGGAAAAUCUACACUGGCUUCCCUACUUCUCCGGCUUUACGACCCUAGUUCAGGUACUGUCACACUGGAUGGAAUUGAUAUUAGGGAACUGGACCCCCACUUUCUCAGAGUGCAUGUGGGAAUUGUAAGCCAAGAACCUACACUUUUUGCUACGUCCAUCGAAAACAUUCUUUAUGGUGCAAAGAAUAUGGAGGAAAGCUCAAAAGAGGAUGUAAUCAAGGCUGCAACUGAGGCCAAUGCACUUGAGUUCAUAGAAGGCCUUCCUGAUGGCUUUAAUACAAUGGUAGGCGAGCGAGGAAUCUUGUUAUCGGGAGGUCAAAAGCAGCGUAUCGCUAUUGCUCGAGCUAUUCUACGGGACCCGUGUGUGUUGAUUCUGGAUGAAGCAACUAGCUCGUUGGAUGCUGUUAGUGAACGAGCUGUGCAAGAGGCAUUGAAAAAGCUAAUGGUUGGACGCACUGUGCUCACUAUUGCUCACAGGCUUUCUACAAUUCGCAGGGCAGAUAAAAUUGCAGUGUUGAAGGCAGGUACUGUUGUUGAGCAUGGAACUUAUGAGCAGCUGAUGGGCAUUACUGAUGGGCUGUUUCGGAGGCUUGUGGAACAUCAGCUACAUGAUGAGAGAACAGCCGGGUGAAUGUUAACAUUAGUGUUGCUUAAUUGCUGUGAUAUUAUUGUAAUGAAGUGACAAAAUACAAAGCACUAAAUUCUGGCUGCAAUGCAACUUCACAAAAGUGCAGCAGAUGCUUUUAGUGUAUCUUGUGCACAAUGCAAGAUUGUAUUAAAAAAGCUCACCAUUUAAAAGAGAGCUUAGCUGAUCAGGUAAUAUUUACACUACCAUAAAAAUUCUGUUUUUAGCUAUGCUGUAGUAAUGCAAUAAAACUAUUUUAUAUGCUGGA